AUGAAGGGAGCGUUUUCUGCAGCGUUCAGCACCAAGGCUGAAAAGGCGUCAGAAGAGCUUCGGGUGCGGAGAGAGCUGGCGCAGGAGAACAUGGAGUCACUUGUGCUGCUCCUGCAAGCGAAGUCAGUCUCGGAACAGAAGCUCCACGAGGAUCUGAAGAGGAUGGAAGAAAAGCACCAGCUCGAGGUAGACUUGCUCAAGUCCGAGGCAGAGCAGCGGGAAUUCGAGCUGCACGACCGGAUAGCUCAGUCAGAAAUUCAAAUCUCAAGGCUGAAAUCCGAGCUGAAGCUGAAGAGAGUGGAAUGUGAGAACCAGGAGAAGCUGGAGAGCAGCAGCUCGAACCUGGCGCAGAGGAUGGCGUUCAAAGAGGAGCUGCUGAAGAACGAGCUGGACCGAGCGCACGAUGACAAGCAGCGGCACAUCAAGUUCCUGCAGGAGCAGUGGCGCAAAAGAUAG